GGUAGAUAUUCGGUUGAUAUGGGUAACCUCGAGCGCAACUGAACGAACGAGCUUGCGAGGAAGAAAUCCCGCAAAGGUAAAUCACAUAUCGGCUCUUCAUCUCAAAGCCGAAAUGAUUUUGAUACAGGUUACGCAAGGAGGGAUGGGGAUGUCAUGACCGACGAACAACUAGAACAAGAAUUGCACCGACAUAAUAGUCGGUUUUUCCAAGACCAGACGAGGACCAUUGACGAAGAAGGGCUCGAAGACGACGAUGUGGAGGAAGUAAUUCCAGAGAGCUACGACGGCGACGCAAAGGAGGGUGGUGGCAGCCACGACGCCGACGAGCCUGCCUCAUCCCAAACAGGUACGAAAAAAAGUAGAUCUGAACUAAUGCAAAAUAAUUUUGAUAAGUGGAAGGACCCGAACAUCGGGAAUUGGAACGCAACUUGCAAGUGGUGCAAGAAAAAUUAUAGCUUGGGGAUUUCUGGCGGAUACGGAUCCGCCACAAGGCAUCUUAAGUCCAAACACUCGAUGGAGUAUGCAAAAUUUGCAAAUACGGAUCCGCCACGGGGAAGCAAACUCAAAUAUCGAGAUUUGCAAAUAAUCAACAACCUUUUGGUAAUUUCUCAUACAAUGAUGCACAAAAUUUGACAGGUAUGGCUAACUUACUUGUUGAAGAAAAUUUGCCUUAUUUGUUUUCUGAAAGUCUUGAUUUUCGUGAUUAUGCACAAACUUGUUUAAAUCCUCAAUAUAGAGGUUAUAGUCGCAAAACAGUUAAUAAAGAAAUUUCAAGGUUCUAUGGUGCGGAAAAGGUAUGGUUACAAAAUUAUUUUGCAAACUUUGAUGGGCGUGUUAUUGUAUGUUCUGACAUAUGGGACGAUACUUAUCAUAAUUUAUAUUAUUUGGGUCUGACUGUACAUUAUAUUGAUAAUGAUUGGAAUAUGCAUAAACGUGUUCUUGCUUUUCGUGAAUUUAAUGAUCAUCACACCGCUGAACAUAUUUAUAUUUUGAUUGAGCGUAUUUUAAUUGAGUAUAAUUUAAUUGAUAAGGUGUUUGCUAUUGGUUUUGAUAAUGCUACUAAUAAUACUGCUGCUAUUCAUAGAUUGCGUGAAUUGUGUGAUUCUACUUCUUUGAUGAGUAGAUUUUUCAUCAACGAUGUGCAUGUCAUGUUAUUAAUUUAUGUGUGCAAGAUGGUCUAAAAGCGUUAGGAACAUUUUUGGAGGUAGUCAAUGGGGGGAUUAGACGUAUUUGGUGUAAUGGUCAACUUAGAAAAAAAUGGUAUGACUAUUUGAUAAGUUAAUUGCAGUUCUUCUUAGAUAUAAAUAACAUUUUCCUGCCUUUAUGAAACAAUAUGAUAACUAUAUUAUAAACUCGCCUGAGAUCGACACCUGCGAAAAAAAUUGUAAUGCUUUGGUAUAUUUUAAUAAUGCAACUAAAACUUUUAGUCAUGUUUAUAAACCUAACACAAACCAAUUUAUUCGUGAAGUUGUUAAUCUCGCCGGUGCUUUUUCAAAUUUUUAGAAUGCCGAUUAUGUGAGUUAUUUUGUUGGUUUUAUGAAGGAAAAGUUUUUUAAAUAUUAUUCAUAUAUUCCGCAUAUUUAUGGUAUUGCAUUUGUUCUCGAUCCUCGUUUUAGACUUGAUUCUUUAGAAGAAUGUUUGAAUUAUUAUUAUGGUGCUUUUUUGGUCCAAUGUCAAUGUAUGACGACAAUCCAAUUGAUCUGAAAAAAGAAUACAACGAGUUUAGUGAUAUAUUUUAUGCAUUAUUUAAUGAGUUUCAUGCACAAUAUGGCAACGCGCCCCGUCCCCGACACAAACCUCUUCAUUAAAGGAAAAUCAAUUUUAAAAUCUAUAUUUGUCAAUCUUAUUAAAAAAUUAAAACAACACCCGCUACCAGGGUUGGAUUCGGUUCGGGCCACCCGGCCCAUGACCCGGCCCGGCCCGGUACUGUGCGGGCCCGGGACCGGCCCGGUCGGGCGGUCUGGGACCGGGUAUGGACCCGAACCGGGGGGCAGGGGCG